CAGAGGCGGAGCUCUCUGACGUCACAACAACAGUGGCGGAAGUAGAGGCGUCAGCUGACGGCGGGAGAAACAUAUCAGCCUCCAGCGCUCAAAGCAAGGAUGUCUGCCUACCCCAAAUCCCACAAUCCUUUCGCCGCCGAUGAUGAUGAUGAUGAUGAAGAGGUCUCGAAGCCUCGGAAAGGCUUUAACUUCGACGAGGAUCCGGAGGAGAGUUCUCUGAGUCCUGCGGAGAGACGGCAGAGACAGCUGCAGCAGGAAGUGAUGCGUACAGCGCAGUCAGCCGUGGACAGCAGCCACCGCUCGCUCGGACUCAUCUACGAAUCAGAGAAAGUCGGAGCCGAGACGGCGGAGGAGCUGAUUCGUCAGGGGGAGGCUUUGAAACGGACAGAGAAGAUGAUUGAUAACAUGGAGCAGGACAUGAGGACGAGCCAGAGGCACAUCAACACUAUUAAGAGUGUGUGGGGGGGCAUGCUCAACUACUUCAAAGGCAAACCUGAACCUCCUAAACCUGCACCGAAAGAGCAGCCCGUGUGCUACGAGGCCAACAGCAGGUUACAGAACGCACUCACGGAGAGCAAACAGCAGGAAGACAAAUAUCAGGCCAGCCAUCCCAAUCUCAGGAAACUGGACACAUCUGGAUUCGGAGCGUCUGCUUCGCUGGAUAACGAGUCGUCCGAUCCGAACGGACAUCCUAAGAAACAGCUACAGGCCGCCCAUCAUCAGCUGGACAGAAACCUCGAUGAGAUGUCGUUGGGUCUGGGGCGUCUGAAGAACCUGGGCCUGGGGCUGCAGGCAGAGAUCGACGACCAGGACGUUUCUCUGGACGCUUUACUCAAUAAGGUCGACACGAUGGACGGCAAGAUCAGCUCCACCAACCGGCAGCUCAGAAACCUCAAAUAGAGACUCCCACAGUGAUGAUGUCAUUUCCUGGAGGCGUGGCCGAGGAGCUGAAAACACUCGUCAACUCAAUUCUGCCUUUAUAUAAUCAUCAGAAAGAUAUCCAGCAUUGAUGUCGACUGGUUCUCAUGAAUUAUUAUUUUUUCUUUUUUUCAGGUAUAUAUUGUGUUUCUGCUCCGUCUGUAAAUCAUUGUUCAAAUGUUGUACUCCUAUGAAUGAAAAUAAAAUAAAGCGUUUUAAUUUGA